AUUCAAGCGCUGAGCUGGGUUGGUGCUGUGUUGUGCUGAGCUUGCUGGCUAAAAGUUAAGGAUUUCUUUUUGGGUACCAAAAUUUCAUUUUUAGCAAAUUCUUAAGUAUUUUUAUUUUUCUAUUGGGUUUGUUUAACCUACCUAAGGAGUCGGCCUUGGCCUGGCUACUUGGUUAAGUUUUCCAGUUCUCUGAAAACCCAUUUCAGACACUCUCCUGCAUUGCUGCUCAAGAAAACAGAGCAAGUCUUUUCAUUGGGUGUGUGAAAAUUGGAAAAUAAAGUUGAGUUGUUUUUAGAAAAAUUCGAAAAGGGCCAAUUUACAGAUUGCGAAAGAUGACGGAACACGUAACAGCAGUCUGAUCAGGGAGAGUGACGUGCAAGGCUAAGAGAGGAGGACAAGGGCAGGUGUCCAACAGUCACCUCUCUGUUCCCAAAAGGGCUUACCUCUGUUCCUCUUGGUAUAAACCGGAAAAAAGAGAAGAAAAUAUCAUCAACUAGGACUCAAAGUCUAAAACUUUUGACGGCGUGAUUGCAUUUACAGACAGCACGCACCACUCACCCAUCAAACGCCUAUGUUUCAGGAUUGUUGAACUGGGUGAUCAAGAACGGGUUCAAAUCAUUGAUCUUUGAUCUGGGUUUUUGGUUUUUUGAUUGGAUUGGUUAAUUACUGGUGAGACUUGCUUAAGAGGGUAGCAAUCGAUUUUGGGUUUUGAGUGGAAGAUGAGUGGAGCUGUGCUUGUGGCUGUUGCUGCUGCUAUUGGUAAUUUAUUGCAAGGAUGGGACAACGCUACUAUCGCAGCGUCUGUUUUGUACAUAAAGAAGGAAUUCAAAUUAGAAAGUGAUCCGGCUGUGGAAGGGCUGAUAGUGGCCAUGUCACUUAUAGGGGCAACUUUGAUUACAACAUGCGCUGGAGCCAUAGCAGACUGGCUAGGCCGCCGUCCUGUGCUUAUAAUCUCUUCUGUCCUAUACUUCCUUAGUGGUAUUGUAAUGCUGUGGGCUCCCAAUGUUUAUAUCCUUCUCUUGGCAAGGCUUUUAGAUGGAUUUGGAAUUGGUUUGGUAGUUACCUUGGUUCCGCUUUAUAUAUCUGAGACAGCACCACCUGAAAUAAGGGGAUCGUUGAAUACCCUUCCCCAGUUCACUGGCUCAGGAGGAAUGUUUUUGUCAUAUUGCAUGGUUUUUGGGAUGUCAUUAACAAAGUUACCAAGCUGGAGGUUGAUGCUUGGGAUUCUUUCUAUUCCUUCUCUUGUUUAUUUUGCAUUGACUGUAUUUUUCUUGCCUGAGUCUCCACGAUGGCUUGUAAGUAAGGGGCGGAUGCUUGAGGCCAAGCACGUUUUACAGAGGCUGCGUGGCAGAGAAGAUGUCUCUGGUGAGAUGGCUUUACUUGUUGAGGGUCUUGGAGUUGGGGGUGAAACAUCUUUUGAGGAGUACAUAAUUGGCCCAGCCGAUGACAUUGCUGAUGACCAUGAUUUAUCUGCUGAAAAGGAUAAAAUCAAAUUAUAUGGGCCUGAACGAGGUCAAUCCUGGGUUGCCAGACCUGUGACUGAUCAAAGCACUAUUGGACUUGUGUCUCGGCAUGCAAGCAUGGUAAACCAAAGUGGGCUUGUUGAUCCUCUCGUCUCUCUCUUUGGCAGUGUACAUGAGAAGCUCCCUGAUACAGGAAGCAUGCGAAGUAUGCUUUUCCCACACUUUGGCAGCAUGUUCAGCGUGGGAGGGAAUCAGGCUAGACAAGAAGAGUGGGAUGAGGAGAGCCUCGCCAGAGAAGGAGAUGAUUACGCAUCUGAUGCAGUUGGUGGUGAUUCUGAUGACAAUUUGCACAGUCCAUUGAUAUCACGUCAGACAACGAGCCUUGAAAAGGACCUGGGCCCACCUCCCCAUGGGAGCCUUGCUAGCAUGAGAAACAACAGUCUCAUUGGUGGAGAAGGAGCUGGUAGCACCGGGAUUGGUGGUGGUUGGCAACUGGCAUGGAAAUGGUCUGAGAGAGAAGGCCAGGAUGGACAUAAGGAAGGAGGAUUCAAAAGAAUUUAUUUGCACCAGGAGGGUGUCCCUGCAUCUCGUCGUGGAUCUGUUGUUUCGGUUCCUGGUGGUGAUGCACCGACAGAUGGUGAGUUCAUCCAGGCCGCUGCUUUGGUGAGUCAACCUGCUCUUUAUUCCAAAGAGCUUAUGAAUCAGCAUCCAGUUGGACCAGCAAUGAUUCACCCAUCUGCAGCUGCUGCAAAAGGGCCAAUUUGGAGUGAUCUUUUUGAACCAGGAGUCAAGCAUGCUUUGGUUGUUGGGGUUGGAAUGCAGAUACUUCAGCAGUUCUCUGGUAUAAACGGGGUUCUCUACUACACUCCUCAAAUUCUCGAGCAGGCAGGUGUUGGAGUGCUUCUUUCAAACAUGGGCAUUAGUUCAGCUUCUGCAUCUCUGCUUAUCAGUGGAGUAACAACCUUGUUGAUGCUUCCUAGUAUAGCUGUUGCCAUGAGGCUCAUGGAUAUCUCUGGCAGAAGGAGUUUGCUGCUCACCACAAUCCCGGUCUUGAUAGCAUCUCUCGUCAUCCUAGUCCUUGGAAGUCUUGUGAAUAUGGGCAGUAUUGUGAAUGCAUCAGUUUCGACUGUUAGUGUUGUGCUCUACUUCUGUUUCUUUGUUAUGGGGUUUGGGCCAGUCCCCAACAUACUCUGCGCAGAAAUCUUCCCCACCCGAGUUCGAGGCCUCUGCAUUGCCAUAUGUGCCCUCACGUUUUGGAUUGGUGACAUCAUUGUCACCUACUCACUUCCUGUGAUGCUCAAAUCUGUUGGUCUUGGUGGCGUUUUUGGCAUGUACGGGGUUGUGUGCGUCAUAGCUUGGGUUUUUGUUUUCUUGAAAGUUCCGGAGACCAAAGGCAUGCCCCUUGAAGUGAUUAUCGAGUUCUUCUCCGUUGGUGCAAAGCAGGCUGCAGCUGCCAAGAACAAUUGACUUGGUCCUUGGUGGACUAAAUUUUUUUUUGGCUGUUUUAUCGUCCUGGUUUUGCUUCAAAUUUACUUUUUCUUUACUUGUUUUUAAUUGGUACGAUCGAUCCCCGUAGAAAGGCUCGUGUAUAAUUAUCCCUCAUUUGUUAUACCUGAUAUAAAUAACUUCAAGAGCUUUUGUGUACAAUGUGUUCGGAAUGAAAUUUGUGGGAUUACUUCAUAGCAAAGGGCUUGUUUUACUCAA